AUGCUUCUUACAGCUUUUCUGCCACUUCUUCUUCUUCAGGUAAUCUUAAGACUCGUAACCUCAAAAGAGCUCAGUCACGCCUCUCUCUCUCUCCUUCCAUGGCGGCUGCUGGAAGAAUUUCGAGGGGGUUCGUCAAGCUCCUAUCGUCGCCUAAUCCCAUCGCUUCCCCAGCUCGUCUAAUCUUCCAUCGCGGACUCGCUUCCACGCUCUUCGUCAAAGGUAUAGCUUUUGACACGACUGAAGGCAAGCUAGCAGAAGCAUUUUCAAAGUUUGGCCAAGUUGAAGGAGCUAAAAUAAUAAUGGAUAAAGUAAAAAAUAGAUCAAAAGGUUUUGGAUAUGUGACCUUUGCUGUGGAGGAGGAUGCCCGGAAAGCCUUGACUGACAUGAAUGGGAAGUUGCUAGAUGGGCGUGUAGUGUUUGUGGACAUGGCAAGAGCCCGAAGAAAUGUUGCUGAUUCCGUUCCAAAAGCCAGGCGACCUACUGAACCUCCCAUUAACGAUUGACUCAAUUUUUGUUCUUCCUCUGUCUAUAUGUGUAAUGUAGUUAGAGAACCGAUGCAUCAUUUAGUCAAUACACUCUAUUUUACUUGGUUUCAUACUGUUCACUAUUUUUGCUGACCUUUUUUUCAUUUAUUUGUGGCUUGCAAAUGUACUUCCUGUUGCUUCAUAAGCAUGCCAUUUGCUUAAGGCACAUCAUCUUUUUCUUCAUAUUUGUGUUGUCAUAUCGAGAGCUUUUUGACAUUGAAGAAUAUCAGUGCAGAUAAUAUCAGUGCUCAAAAGUCUGAAAA